CCAUUGUUUUUUCCAUUAGUCCAGAGCCUAUUGUGUUGAGAACUGGAAUCACAACACUUGCUUUAUAGAAGCCCCUGUCCUGUCUCCGCCCACCGGCAUGCAUGGACACUACUGACCAGCCCACACACUCUAGCAUGCCAGCAGCAAAAUGCUCUUUGUCCAUUACAAACAGAGGCUGUCCAGAAAGAGAGAGAGAGAGAGAGACAGGACGGACGAGAGAGAGAGAGAGAGAGAGAGAGAGAGGGAAAUAGACAGAUGUAGGGGGUACAUACAUUAAUAUGUGGCGUUUAAUCCAGAAAAUAUGAAGAUAUGCACAUGUAUGGGCUAAGAGCAUACAGGACGAGAGACAUAGAGGACAGGAAGACUCACAAAAAGAGAGAGAGAGAGAUAGAAAAAGAGAAAGAGCGUCCAUCCCGUUGGUUAAUAGCCAGUGCAGUUUAAGUGGAUGCCUCUCCGAGUCUGGACCAUCGAUUUAAAGAAGUACAGCAGCGUCUCGUCCUCAUGAUGUCCUGCUGCUGCCGUCCACCUCCGUGCCUGAGAAACUGCUUCUUGUUUUCAGACAUAUCGACCGCUGAGCUCGAUGCCUUAUGGAACGAGCCCCCGUACACACUAACGGGAGCCAAUGAGCUAUUUCCAGGAAAUGAUGUCAUGGCCACUGGAAGUGAUGAGGAAGUGGAGACGGAAGCUGAGGUGGAGACAGAUGGGAUCACUGGUGAGAGUUACUGGAGGAAGAGGGAGGCGUUUAACGGCAGCAGCGUCUCUCUCGCCGUAGGAGAACGCUUCUCUUCAGAUGUGAUUCUGGUGUUCAGUGGAAAGAGGAGGUCCAGUAUUGAGCCUGAUACUCACCUGCAGGAGGCGCUACGGACCCGGCUAAGAGUCGUGGAGAGCAACAGCCAAGAUGUCAUCCAGCUAUUUAAGGAUCUGUCAGCGCGUCUGGUUUCAGUACAUGCUGAAAAAGACUGCUUCGUUAUCACCUUUAAAACUGUGGAGGAAAUCUGGAAGUUCUCCACUUACCUGGCUCUGGGGUAUGUGGCGAGGUGUCUGGAGAACUUCCUGUGUGAUCAGUCGUUCUGGCUGGACCCUGUGCUGCUCAGUGAUGUGGAGAUCUGUGUGACGGUGGAUGAGGAACACCUGGCCACGCUUUACCUGGGGCUCCUGCUGCAGGAGGGUUCAUUCUUUGCUAAAGCUUUGCUGAACAGUGAGGGAACACAGGAGGAGGAGGAGGAGCUGGUCUACAGGAAGAAUGACCUGGUGAUGGUGAAGGAUAUUGGACAGCAGGGCGUGUGGGAGGGAACACUACUGUCUACUGGGCAUCAUGGCCUGGUGCCUGUUCACGCCAUGCAGCCCCUGCCCUACCCUUUCUACCAGUGGUUUCUCAGAAAGUACCCAGGAAAUGCAGGAGGAGCGAUAUCCACAAAAGGUCUAUUCAACCAGCCUAUGGUAACGGGCACCUGUGUGGCAGUGGUGGAUCAUUUCCCAAUGGUUAAAGACGAGCUACACUUCAGUCAGGGAGAUCUGAUAGAGGUGGAGGGCUUUCUCAUCAGCUCCCUGAACAUCUUCAUAGGAAGACACCAUUCCAGUGGACACAGAGGAUUUGUCCAUAAGGCCCACGUGAAACCAGAGAGCGUAAAACCACUCAGCAGACAAUUGGUCUUUCUGAGUGAGGAGGAGAGGGUGGCUCUGUCGCAGUUUAACCCCUGCCAUGACCAGAACCACAGAGACCUGCUGGACAAGCUCUUCUCCACCGACAUCAGCACUGUGUACAGAUUAGAUAGACUGGAAGACUCGGAUUUCACGUACAUCAGAAACAGAUCCAAGCAAGAACAAAAAAACCCAGUGGACGCCAGAAAGAGCACCAUUUCUGAGAAGAGCGAAACCCCACCCUACCACUCCUCGCCACGUCCUUCCUUCUACUCUUCCCAAACUCACCUCGGCAGGGAGCAGGAGGCGUUCUCCUUCAGUUUGGACGACACCUUCCGAGAGAUGGACGAAUUUGAGGAGGAUCCGCCAAACUACAUGGACGACAGCGUCUGGGAAACGGAAGAUGCGGAGUUUGUUGACCCCUUGUUGACUCUCUUGAACCUGGAGAACUUCCAGGACACUUUCCAGUCACUUUACGACCUCUCCUACUCCUUCCUGGACACGGUCUUUGGUGGUCUUCCGGAGGACGAGGUGCUGCUGCAUCUGGAGAGUUUGCGGGAGGGGGCCAAGAAAGGCAGGAUGCUGUGGGCUCACCGGAGAGCAUGCUUCCUUCUGGGCAGGCUUUGCGCCAAGAAGCUCAAGUACUCGCAGGCUCGAGUAUAUUUUGAGGAGGCCUUGAAGGUUACUGUAGAGGGUUUUGACGAUACACCUCUGCUGAUCGCUUUGUACACUAACCUUACUGCCGUUUACCUGAAGCAAAAGAUGGCGGAUAAACUUCCGUAUAUACUGGAGAAAGCCAGUGCUCUUAUUUUGUGCCUUCCUUGCCAUGAAUUCUGCUCUCUGGAUGAAUUUGAGUUGCUCAAGCCCAUUUUACGCAAAUCCGUAGUUGAUAACGAUAAGCACCUUGAGGCACGGACUUGCUACCUCAUCCUUUGCCUCUUCCUGCAGUUGAGGAAGUUCGAGGAGGCCUUACCUUUUGUCGAGAGACUCCAAUUCCUGACUAUCACUCUUUCUGCUGAGGAAGAGAGGCCAAUUGGACCAAUAGACUUCAACUGGAUGCUCUGCAGACUCUACAACAAGAAGUAUCUUCCCUUUCUUGCUCUAGCCUCUCUAAGUCUGGACUCAGGUCAAGACCACUCUCUGGAAGACGCCUUCCAAAAGAUUGAUCUCUUCAUCAAAAACUCAUUCAGGUUGAAUCCUCGAUGGAGGGACGGCACCACUCUGCUUCCAGCCCAAGUCGUGGUCUACUUACAACAGGCGUUAUCCAUCGCCAACCAAGGAGAGGACCUGAAGACGCAAAGAGACUUGUGCCUCUGUCUUGCCAGUGUGUACCAACAGUAUGGAUCCUUGGAAAAAGCAGUACCCUUCGCUCGGCAGGCUGUGCAAACUGGGCGAAACAUUAACGAAGAGGAGGGCUUCGAGGCGUCGGUGCUUUUGGCUUGGCUCCUGGUCCUUACAGGAGAUCCAGAAGCUGCCCAAUCUACUCUACAACCUCUCCUCAAAUCCCUAAACGAAACAGACAGCCCAAACCAGCGUGGUGUCGUCCAUAACCUACUCGCACUUUGCCUUCGCAAGCAGGACAGCAUUACAGAAGCAGCAAAGAACUUUCAUUGUGCUCUGAAGAUUUCGCAAGAGAAUGGGAACAAGCGUAACGAAGCACUUGCCCUGGCUAACCUGGGCUGUUUGGGACUGUCGAUAGGAGCUCCGAUUCUUGCUAAGAGUUUCUUGGUCAGAUCCUUAGACAUCUUCCAGGGUCUCUCUGAGAGCCCGUCAGAUGAGGAGCAUGUUCAGGCUCUGCUGUGGUUGGGCAGGAGCUACAAGGACAGGGGAGGAAGUCAGGAGGUCAGGCUAUGCUACGAGAUGGGGCUACUGAUUGCAAUCGGCGCCAAGAACCUUCACAGUCAGAUGGUGGUGGCGAAGGUGCUGAGCCGUCUGUACGCUGAUCUGCUGCUGUACGGACAGUGCAUCAUUUACUACGAGCACUGCGUGGGUCUGUCCAGAGAGAUGAAGGAUAAACGACUGGAGGGAGAAUACCUGGAGAUCCUCAGCAACCUCUACCUCUCACUCAAUACUGAGAAGUCCUCGAGGAAGUCUCUGGACUACACUAAGCAAAGCUUGAGGAUUUCCAUAGACCUGGGGAAGAGACAGGAGGAGUCGGAGACGUGGCUGCAAGUGGGACGUAUCUACUACCUGAUCCAUGAAGAUGAGCUGGCUGACAUGUAUCUCCAGGCAGCGGUGAAGACGGCCCUGAGGAUGAAUGAUCCACGCUUUGCCAUGAGUAUUUAUGAAGAGGCUGGGGACGUCUUCUUCAAAGGACACAGAAACCGCCUGGCUGCCCUGCCAUUCUUUAGAGAUGGAAGUCUGCCGUUUGCGAGGAGUAUUAGGGAUGUGCAGUCUGAGUUCAGGCUGUUGAGUAAACUCUCGGAGCUGCUGCUGAAUGAAGGACAGUAUGAAGAGGCUCUGCAGUAUUCUACACUUGCGGUGCAGAUCAGCGCCACCACUGGCGUGCGUCUGAAUGAGAGGGUGGCGUAUCACCGGCUGGCGUCGGUGUACUACAGUAUGGAUCAGUAUGAGAUGGCGGAGAACUACUAUCUGAAGGCUCUGUCUCUGUCCCCCGCUGUACUAGAGCACCCUGCAGACGCCCAGUACUACACUAAAAUCUACUGCAGACUCGCUGAUAUAACACUCCACAAACUGAAGGAUGCUUACGAUGCGAUGGGUUAUUUCCACCUGGCCCUGGCAGCAGCUCUGGAGGGCCGAGGAGACCCUCAGACUCUGUACAUCAUCUACAUGAAGCUGGUAGAGAUCCACACCAACCACCUGCCCGAUGCCGAGCUGAGCCGCGGGUACCUGCAGAGAGCGCAGGGUCUGAAGAGGGAGCUGGCCGGGUACACAGACCCUACUGAUACAGAGACUGGAGAUACGGACCGUGCCAGUCCAGAGGGCGCCGAUGCCAAGUCUACCAGCUACUCUAAUGCAGAGUCGGGCAGCUCGGACUCGGGCAGCGGGAGCAGCACCCUCGUCGGCUCUACCACCACAGAUACCAGCCAGACAAUCACCGCCCAGAGAGCGGCUGCUUCUGACGACAUCAUUCACCAAGAGGAAGCAGACGCCAGCCAAUCAGAAGAGACUGAUGCUGAAACGGUGGAUGGCGGAUACAUUCAAACCAACCACACAGAUGCUGGCGUAGUACGAACAGAGUUCUGAAACCUGAAUAAUAAUCAAUCAGAAACUAUGAAACCAGGUUCAGAUGGGAUUAGAUUCACCUGAGGAGAGAAAGAGUAAAGUAAUUAUAUUCUGCAGGACAUCAUGAACACAUAGAGUACAAGCCAAAGUCUUUUAAGUCACCCAAACUAUGAAGAAAAUCAUAUGGAAUUAUUUAGCAAUCCAGAAUAUGUUUUAUAUUUUAGAUUCUUCAAAGCAGCACCUCUUGCAUAGAUAAAGACAGUUUUACACAUCUCUGCUGGAUUUUCUGAGUCAGCUUUAUGAGGUAGAGUCACCUGGAAUUCAGGCUUUUAGUUAACAGCUGUGCUGAACUCAUCAAGAGUUAAUUACUUUAAUUUCUUGUCUCUUAAUUUUAGUUUGAGAGCAUCAGUUAAAGUAAAGUAGUGAAGAGGUAGAGUUACAGGUAUACAGUGAUAAUGUAUUGUUUAAUGUAGUGCAGUGUAGAAGAAAUAAGUUUUCAUCCAUUUUUUUUCCAAUUUUAGGUUUUUCAUCUCUGCCCCUCACAAUCGUAAUUUCAGGAAAAUUAAAAAUAAUAAUGUUAUGGACAAAUCUGAAAAAAUUGAGAGAAGAUUCACCUUUUCAUUUUUCUUGAAUUUCUGUUUGCGAAAGGCUUAAAUAAUAAAAGAAAUAGAUAAUAAAAAAAGUUAUUGGAUGAAAACAAAUGUAUUCUUCACUCUACUGAAUGGGACAAAAUAAUGAUUAAGAUUUAUACCCAAUUUUCUAUUUUCAAAUUUAGCUUGAUGCAUUUAGAAAAUUAAACAGCUAUACGUUACACUGACCGUGAAUAGCUCUAUUUGAGUAAUGUUCUAAUCCAGAUUAUGAGAAGCAAGAACUACUCAACUUAGUAAAGACAAAAAUACUUUAAGAAAUGAAGAUGAAAAGAUACUUAAAAAAGUAUCUUCAAGUUAAGUCAGAAAGACCAUCAAAAACGUUAUGAUGGUGGAACUGGCACUUAUCAGGACUGGUCCAGGAAAGGAAGAGCAAGAGUUCCCUCUGUUGCACAGGAUAAGUUAAUUAGAGUUUCCAGCCUCAGAAAGAGUAUUUUGGUUUGUUUAACACUUUUUUUUUAAGUUACUACAUGAUUCCUUAUGAGUUCCUUCAUAGUCUGAAUCACUUCAUUAUACAUUUACUAUACUAUAUUUACUAUAUUUAAUACUGUAUUUAAUAUUCAAACAACAUAAGAUUCUGUUUUACUUGCAAUGCCUUGCUGGAGGAACAUACACACAUUUUAGCUGUGCUGAAGCUCAGUAAAUAUUAUUGAGGGAGUCUGAAACCUGGCAAGUACCUGUUAAACAGUACAGUACAGGAGGAAAUAUAAGCAUAACACUGCUAUUCAGAGACUUAUAGUGACUGUGAAAAAGUCUAUAUAAGCUGCAAUGGCCUGCCUAAAGCUGCAGAAGAGUGCUUUAUCCUCUCUUCUGUAUUUAAGGUUUACCAUAGACGAAUAUAACUAAGAAACUCUGUUAAUAAUUAAUUUACUUUACUCUGCCUCCUCCUGUUAAACUAAUCCCAUCACAACAGGGCUAUAAAGAUGUCUCAGAACACCAGGCUUCCUCAAAGAGCACUUACUUCUCCAUGACAAUUAAAAAAAUAUGUACAGCUCUGGAAAAAAAUAAGAGACCACUUCAGUUUCAGUUUCUGAAUCAGUUUCUCUGAUUUUGCUAUUUAUAGGUUUAUGUUUGAGUAAAAUGAACAUUGUUGUUUUAUUCUAUAAACUACAGACAACAUUUCUCCCAAAUUCCAAAUAAAAAUAUUGUCAUUUAGAGCAUUUAUUUGCAGAAAAUGAGAAAUGGCUGAAAUAACCAAAAAAAAAAAAAAAAAGAUGCAGAGCUUUCAGACCUCAAAUAAUGCAAAGAAAAAACAAGGUCAUAUUAAUAAAGUUUUAAGAAUUCAGAAAUUAUCAAUAUUUGGUGGAAAAACCCUAAUUUUUAAUCACAGUUUUUAUGCAUCUUGGCAUCAUGUUCUCCUCCACCAGUCUUACACACUGCUUUUGGAUAACUUUAUGCUGCUUUACUCCUGGUGCAAAAAUUCAAGCAGUUCAGCUUGAGGUUUGAUGGCUUGUGAUCAUCCAUCUUCCUCUUGAUUAUAUUCCAGAGGUUUUUAAUUUGGUAAAAUCAAAGAAGCUCAUCAUUUUUAAGUGCUCUCUUAUUUUUUUUCAGAGCUGUGUAUAUAUUUAUUUAUAUACACUAUAUUGACUAUAUUGCCAAAAGUAAUCGCUCAUCCAUCCAAAUCAUUGAACUCAGGUGUUCCUGAAUCUCUUCUAUGUCCACAGGUGUAUAAUAAUAAAAGCAGCAGCUAGGCAUGCUGGGACUGCUUCUACAAACAUUAUAGUGAAAUAAUGUGUCUCAGGCCGUCAGGAGCUCAGUGAACUGUGAACUCCAGCACUGUGGUACCUUGAUAAGAUGCAGCACCUGUGCAACAACAAGUCCAGUCGUGAAAUUUACUCACUACUACAUAUUCCACAGCCAACUGUCAGUGAUAUAUAAUUAUAACACAGUGGAAGAGACUGGGAACGACAGAGACUCUGUGCUCUGUCAGUGUAAAUCACAAAACACAGCAAUGCAGGCGAGCGCAGGAUACUUUUAUAGGCAAUAUAGUGUAUCUUAUUUUUUUUUUGUAUUUUUGUAGUAUUGUUUAAUAAUAAUGUUCAAUUUGUUUUUCUCUGAACUAAAGAGGAAAUGUUUUCUAUUGUUUGAGUACUCUGAUUUUUUCAGGGCAAAAACACUUGUAGCAUAAUAUAUAAAACUGUAUGUAAAUAUGUUGUGUGAUCCUUUAUCUGUAUUAUAAUUUUGACAAUGAACUGAUGAUGCCGACUUUUCUUUUUUCUACUUUGUUUUUUCAAUGGAAAAUAAAAAAAACACACAGGACUUAUUAAAAAGUCACUAUGAAUCAAACGUCCAGAUCAAAUUCUUGUGAUUUUGUUUUAUUUAUGUGUCUUUUAUGUUUACUUUUAGUGAAACACUUAUAUGGCAUCUUUGUCUAAUGAAAAACAUGUAUUUCCAAACAGGUACUGUAACGAAAGAGAGAUAAAAGCCUACUAACUAUUAAUGGAAGUCAAUGUAAAAAAUAAUAAUUUAUUUUAGGUCAUUUUGUGAUCAAGUAUCUUUAAUUUAAAGUAGCACUGUUAAUAUGGAGAACGUGCACAAAUUCUGCAAAUUGACAUACCUCCAUAAACCUACCCACCCACCUAUAUAACACACACCCAUAUGGCACGGAGAGCAAAUGAAAAAAGAUAUGUAUAUACUUAUAAUAAAUAGAAGAAU